AUGUCAGAGAAGGAAUGGAACGUUGUGAUCCGAAACAAUGCCCUCACCAGCGCUCAUCGUUUGGUUUUCUCUAAAGAUGGCCAAGACAACGAAGGAAAAGAAGUGCUCAAGUUUCGCCGAAUUGAACGUGCUCCGUAUAGUGCAUUCAUCCUCAAGCCCAGAAAAUUCCAAUCGCACGAAAUGUCUGAUGCAGCUGUUAAAGUCGAGCAAGAAUUUCACAUUCCUCGCUUUGUUGUUAAUGAUGACUCUUACGUUGAUACUUUUGAAACUCACUCGUCGGUUUCCACCUCUAUGGCUCGCAGUUCAUUCUCUUCCAUCGAAGCACAAGCUUCUAUAGGAGGAGGAGCAUUUGGAUUUAACGCUGCGGUUAGCGCAGGCUUCUCUCAACAGGAGAGCAAUGCUUUGAGCAGUAAUGCGACAGCUGACGAGAAAACCAUGAACAUCACCUAUAACUUUCCGAGGGUUGUCAUCCAUCUGGAUCAUCAUUCUCUAGAACUGUCAGCUGAGUGCAAGUCAGACCUUGAUGAUGUAAAGGAUGUUGAUAAAUUGAUCGAUUUCCAUCAUAAAUAUGGCCAUUUUUUUGCAACUAGAAUCGAACUAGGCGGACGACUGUUCUCUUCUGAGAAGUUCAGUACACUGGGCUCGGCAUCUGAAGCAGAUGCAACGAAAGCAAUGAAAAUCGCUGCUAGCGCAUCUUUUUCCUCUUCGUUUGUUGCCGGCUCUGCUAGUUUUGGAAAGGAAGAUCAGUCAAGAUCCGCGAGCGGCAGUUCUAAUAGGAAUAUGUCAAGCUCGAUCUCCUGGCAGGCCCAAGGAGGUAAUACUCUCCUCUGUAAUAACCCUCCCGAAUGGUGUCCUACUGUUAGCCCUUUCCAGAACUGGAGGGUCAUUAAACAAGAAGAUGUAGUUUCGAUGGGUGACUUCAUUAGCAAGCUACCUGGAUACGAAUCCACGCGCAAGAAGUUUGACGACCUUGCGAUUUCAACCAAAAGAAUGGCAACAGUAAGCUUCAAAUUACGCCUCACCCAUUGGCAGAGAAAGGACAAGGAUCAGCCAGAAUACGUGACGUUGUACCAUGCAAGUCAAUUGAAGAACGACUUCCGGAAUCAUGUGGAUGAUAUUGACGACAAUAAUCUCCCGACGGAAAUUCAAAGACUCAUAAAUCACGAAUUCAAGGGCUGUGAAACUCGCGUACAAAGCACCGAUAAUGUAUUUGACAUUGAAGUCGAAACUAUACUCGACCAAGCUCCUCAGCUUGAAUUCAACAAACGCUACAAGCUCUAUAACCGCCGCAACGGCCGCUGGCUAAAAUACCAGAGACUCAACGUCUUUGGAAACGAGUACCCUAUCCUCGUCGGUGGCUAUGGCAGCGACGCUACGUUCUUUGAGUUCAGAGAUGGUGAUAGAUCUGGAUCCAUCCGGGCUAAUGAUCCGCUGUCUUUGUUGGUGUACGAUUCCAAGGGUGAGUACCAGGGCCUCCUGGCUCUGGCGUUCGGCCCCAACACGCGGCCGCUGGGUGCGAUGCACUACGCUCCUCAGCACGAAAAUCGGAUUCGGUUUUUGGCAUUCGAGCCAGUAGAGCAGAAGUAUGUGCCGGCUUCUAAGUAACUCGGUUGUGGUGACCCCGAGUACCGAAGACAUUCAGGGAGCAUGUCAGCUUCCAGCGCAUCGUCUACAUUGUUUCAACUAACCAUCUUAUCCAUUCGAUACUGGUGCCGCUUCAUCUCAGUCGCCAAUAUACAUACUAGUUAAUUCUGUAUCAGCUUGCUCUGAAAGUGGAAUGGAAUAGGUAGCACUAUAUUAAGAGCCCUAGGUAAACCUUUGGAGUAGCGCUACGCAAAUUCAGUGCUAUAAAUUAGAUUUAGUAGCGCUACGCACAUUCAGUACUAUGAAUUUAUGAGAACUUAGCUAAACACUAGAGUAUAUUGAUAGAAUGCAAGAU